AUGCCUCAUACCACCGGUUCUGCGGCAGAGCUUCCCUUGCCUCGGAAGAGUACCCACACGAACCUCGAAAGAUCUGGCGGCUCAGCCGUCCGUGAUCUUUCCACAUCGGAGUCAUACUCAACAUAUGGGCCUUACGCACCACCAUGUUACCCAUCACAAUCUUACACAGAAAAGAGAUCUGUUGGCAUAUCCUUCCCCGAAGGUUACCCAACACAACCUCACACACAAAAGAGAUCUGGCGGCCUAACCUUCCCCGAAGGUUACCCGACACAACCUCACAACACAAGAGAUCUGACGGCAUAA